AUGGCAUCAGCAAUGGAUUUGAAUUCCUCUUCAAGAAAUCCGAAACGUGGUGGCUCCAAGCAUGCUGUCCACAGCACAAUUGCUUUCUCAGCGAUGCGUGUAUUCCAGCAUUGCAAACAAGGCAACAAUAGUACUAAUGAGAAUAAUUCUGUGGACACGAGUAAUGCUUCUGUCGUUUUGGUUAAUACUGUUGAUAAGCGUAGUGAUAACUCGGGACUGGUUAUCAGUGCUAUCAGUGGAGAGCGUCCGUGUGCGUGGAUUUUGAGCAUAGCUGAAUGGUUAUUGGUGGAUUCAGCGAAAUGGCCACGAAGUCAUUUCAGAUGUCUCUUGGUUUUCAUGGAGCAAUAUCCGACGGUGAUAUGUCAACUUCCCGAUAAAUUUAUUUGCACACUUUAUGCAAGAAUUGGAAAUCCAACUCUAACAUUAGCGAUCAGUGAUUUGAUAGUGUACGAUCUAUUGAAAUGUUUGAGUAAGGAUUCAAAACGUUGCGAAUUGCAUUCAAAACUGUUGACGGAAGUGUUGUGUUCAUCAAGUGAGCAAGUUCGAAUGGCCUCUCGAGAACGUUUGAUACCGAUUAUGUUCAAAGAUAGUCAACUAACGAAAUGGAUUAUCACACGUUUUGCCGUUCAUUUGGCCGAAGAUAUCAGUGAUGAUCGACGAUUGGAUGCAGUGUUAUCGUUAUCCAAAUACUGCAUAUCGCAUCAGAAGUCAUUUUCGAACGCUUCCGAAUAUUGUAAAUGGAGCGAUUUCAUCGACGAAAAGCGUUUCGCUCAAGCUUUAUUGCAUUCGCAAUCAUUCAUACGUCUCUCAGCAUGGUCUCUGAUCAGUGAACAUCCGAAGUUAACGCUUCAAAUUCAAGAGCGAGAAGUCGACUUCAUAAAAGCAUUUCUGCUAACGAAUAUGGCUGAACAAUGUCCAUCGACAAGGCAAAAAAUUCUGGCUGGGCUCAGGAAGGUGUUCAUCCGCCUUCGUGAAAUCUCUCAAUCGCUAAUGAAACAACAACAACAACAACGGAAAACCUCAAAUGAACACGAUACUACGGACAGUCUCAGUCAUCACCCGCUGUUGAAAUGCUAUACAAAUUUUUUGAUUUGGUUGAAAGAUUUUUGUAUCGAAUGCCUGGAUUGCGGUGCAAAUUUUAGCCGUCGUAUAAUGGCUCUACACAUUCUCGAUUAUAUCUUCAAGCAACCUUUCUUAAGAGAUCAAAACAAAGAUUUAUUCUUCAACUCGAUCAAGAGACAGUUAUGUUUGAGUAAAGAGGAUCAUGCAAAACUCUUGAGCAUUCUGGACGAUUCGUAUCAGUUAUGUCAAACGCUUGCCAUUGAUUUGCUGGUAUCAGAUGAUUGUUGUUCUGAUCAAAAUUUCACCGAUAUGAGCGAGUUCCUGGCCGAAACGAAGCACGUGAUGCUGUCGUCGGUUCGCUCGAACAAUUCGGAGUCGGCCAGCUAUCGAAUUCGAUAUUUCAUUUUCAAAAGCACGCGAUCAGAUGUUGACGCAUUAUUCAAGUAUCUGAUUGCGUUGUGUGUGCAACGUAUUCAGCUUAUUGGCGAUAAUCUGCUGAUGUUGACGAAUCAAAAUGGUUCUUUGCAUCCAAUCCUGAACGCAAUCGCCACCAUUGUUGAGUGUAUGCAAUGGGAUAAGUUGAGUGCCGAUGAAUCAAGAGAAUGGCGUCACAACAUUGCCGAACUCCUAUUGCCUCUGUGCGCUCGAGUUGGUGAUUUAGUAUCGCCUGUCGUACGGAGUAUGUCGCCUGAGGGCUACCUACCUGAGAAUUUCAUCACCGAUAAAGAUAUGAGUUGUGUAUCUGAUUUGGUAUCGUUAGCAGAAACAAGUCAGUUGUUGUUAGUGGGUUGUUGGCGUGCACACAAGCACAUAUCAACUCUUUUGCACUCGAUUGCCGAAAAGGUACCAUAUCCUGAAAUGAUAUCAAGUGAGGUUGUGGGUCGAAUCGGUGACUAUUAUUGGUUGCAUUUAACUGAAUGCAAACACUGUGGUGCAUUCGAGUUGGCCGUUCAAGGUUUUGAGGCGUUAUGCAAACGAUUGUGGAAGAUUCAAGAGAGGCGACGAGAUUGUUCGAACGAUAAGGACAAGGAUUUACCGAAUCCUGAAAAGUGGUUAGACGAUAUCAUUGUGGCUAUUAAAGGUGGAGAUGAUAAAACCAAAUUGUGUUCUACGCGUCGUAGCGCUGGACUGCCUUUCAUGGUUUGUGCAAUCUUGGGAACUGAACCAAAAUCACGAGAUUCGAAAUGCUUGCGAAAAGCUUUAAGCAAACUGUUGGAGUUCGAUGACCUUACGCCAGAGUUACAACUAUCAGAUCUUGCAAAAACUUUUGCGCUAAGCUUGUUGUGGUUCGCCCCUGGCUACGGCGAUAAACGUUUAUCGGAAUCGGUACUGUUUGGUUUGGAAGAAGCGUUGUUCGUGUCACUGAGUGGAAUUGCAUCGGUCUAUUGGCCUGUCCGGAAUGCGAUAUCACAGUUGUUUUCAACGUUGCUAAUUCGUAUUUUCGGUGUUUCAAGAAGUGCGCAACGAACACUGAAGGUGCCAGAGAAAAAUCGAAUGUCCGCUUAUGAGUUCUUCUCGAGGUUCCCGUCACUAUACGAUUUGCUGUACUCGCAAUUGUGUGCGUUUCGAGAUGUUAACAGUGAAUUUCGUGUGUUUCCCGUAUUGAUGCUCCUAACACACUUAUUUCCCUCUACGCAAACUAACGCACAAUAUCCGUUAUCGGUAUUCAUCCUACCAAUAAUUCGAGUUUUACUUCGAGCAAAAACCGAGAAGCUUCGUCAGCUUGCCGCAUAUUCUAUUGCAGUGAUCUGUGAAUAUCAGGUUCGAAUCCUGCUCGCUGCGAAUCCUUUUCCACCCACUAUUGUUUGGGAACAAUUUUCAGGAUGCAAUCCGUUUGAUCGAGUGGAUCCGAAGCAUGUUUUUGAAGAAACUGCUACGUCAAAAUCAAGUGAAUUCGUUACUUUUAACGAUUCGGACUUAUCAUCGGAUGAUCGGAAGAGUAUUGUUGAGAUUUUGUCGAAGAAUCGAAGUUUACGUUUCCAGUUGUGGCGUGCACUCACGAAAGCAAAUGUUCAUGGCGGAGUUAAUGCGACGAGCAUAAGUAUGGAAUUAUUGCGAAUGGCUGCGGCAGAUUUACUUUGUUUUGAGACGCACAAAAAUGGCAUUUUACUUGUGCUGAUUGAAAACUCUGCAAGGAUUGUCGAAGAUAACGAAUGUCUAUCGAAACUCAAUUGUUUCAUCGCUCAGAAUGCUGCAUCAUUAAGAAUGGACUUAAGUGAAUAUUUAGCGAGGUUAUUGGCAAUGAAAGUGAAGCUAUCGGAUUCGACGGAUUUGAGAUGGAUUCUGGAAUGUGCUCGACGAGAAUCACUCGAAUUGAAGUGUAUCGCUCUACAGGGAUUUCGAAUCGCUUGUGAUAGAGCAGAAGUGUUUAGCUCCAGGGAAGUGCUAAAAAUUGGAGCGAUGCUGUUGCAAGAUGAAGAAACUGCUGUCAGGGAAGAGAGUGCUUCGAUAUUGUGCGAGUUUAUCGCAGAAAAUGUGCGGCGCCAUCAAAACGAUACGAAUGAUGAAACGACAGGUGCACCAAAAACGCCAUCGCCAAUCGUUCACCUGAAUGCUCAAAUAGUAUCGUGGAUACUUCACGAUAAAAUUCCAAAUCUUCACGAUGCUAUAUGCGAACAUUUCGCGAUCAGUGCCGAUUCAACGAACGAUACCAAUCGCUUGUUCGAUGCGUGUGCAGUUAAUCCGUUUGUAGAGCCGCAUCCAAUUGGUAAAGAGCACUUUGAGGUACUCGAACGAAUUGGUCUGGUGAACAACUGCUUAGAGCUGCGUUUUUAG